CUCUCUUUCUCAUGUGUGAUUCCAUUUAAACAUUUUCGCCAAAGUACAAGGGAAAUUGUUCCUGCUAUCAUCUGAUUUCACAAUCUGGCAGCCUUAUCAAAUGGCACUACUAAAAUCAGUUCGGAAAGUUGGCUGCGUUGAUAUAACGCCAGAAGAAAACUUGACUUUGUAUUUGAAAACAAAAACUUCAAAAAAGACAAAGGUGAAUAAUUUAUUUUUGCCGCGUUUAUGUGAGUUUAAACAAAUGGAAAAGAAAACGUCUUGCGAAUAUGAAGAGGCCUUUAAAGGUACGAGAGAAAUGGCUCUCAGCGCAAUGCAAAAAUUGCAGUUGGAAAUAAAAGCGGCGAAGGAUAAUGACGGCAAGGAUAGUAAUAAACGUCAAUUGCAACUGGUCCUGAUGGUUUUACGUACGAUUUGUACUGUAGCUGCAAAACCAGAGGGCAAACACUACUCCAUCUACUGCGAAACCUUGAUUCAUGUUCUCGGAAAGUAUAUUCAGCCAUCUGUAUCUGCCAAAUAUUGGACAUUUUAUCUGGAGCACGUUCGUUAUUUACAUUAUAUAGUAGCAGAUAAGAAAAUGGAUGACGAAGCCCAAAGGAUAUGUGAUCUUGUUGUAAGCUACCCUAGUUACCUCCAAAGUGAAGGCGACUACAAAAUCCUCCUGGGCAUGUUUUUACAACAACUUCUAAGUCAAUAUCACCACAAGCGUGUGAAUGCUAAACUUGCACAGGAGCAUAGUACCGUUAUAUUGGAAAUGCUAAAAAAUUUUUUUAUAGAGAUGUUGCGUUGCAACAAAGAUCAAAAUUUUCAAUAUCCUGAGUUAAUUGCAGAUUUCGUCGAAUACUUGGUGCCAAAACGAGUUUCAUCAGUGUUUAAUUUUCUCGCAUCUUUACCUGCUAAUAAAACACAAAUGUAUGACUCCUUCUUCACCCUCCUCAAAGAUCUCCGCACAUCGGAACCGACCAAAGAAGUCCUACACGCACAAUGUCAACGUCAUAUUGAAGCGUUGUGUGUUUUUUUCCAGCUUGAUGUACCUGAUAGAUUGCAACAACAAUUGGCAUUGCGACAUUUGCGCGCUUGUCGCGAGAUGACAGUGUUCGCAAAUGAUAAAAGUUCGAAUUAUGUAUUUUCUCUGUUAUAUUAUCUGGUUAAGUUAACCUAUGGUUUGCCUAACCCAGGAGAGUUUAAAGACGUUUAUAAAGAUCUCAGCCAAAAAUUAAAUAUCUUUUUCGAAAAAUAUGGCGAAAUGUUAAUGAAAGAACGAUGGUUUACAGAUGUUCCCGUUGUAAUUACCGUAUUACUAACACAUCUGCAACAGAGUCCCACAACGCCCUACGCCUGUUUUUGGCAACAAAUGAAUAACAUUGAAUGUUAUAUUGCACAUUUCGAAUUGAUACUGGGUUGUAUACGUUUGGCGCCACGCAUUGUCGAAACGAAGCUGCUAAAAAUUGAUUGUUGCACCAGUGCUAGAAAACAUACAAUAGUUUCGCUGCUAAUUACCGCGCUGGCAGCUCUUGCAUCCUACGCGGCAACAGCAGACGAAUCAACAACGGAAGAUGAGGAACUUUUUGUCAGUUUCCGUACCCAAGUGCUGCUAGUAAUGAAGCAUGGCGUAAGCGUACUCGAUUCUCUCCAGUGUAUUACAACUGAUACUACAGAAUUGAAGCUGAUUUAUUCACGUUUCAUUCAACUAAUACCAGAGCUGCGAACUUUACCGCUAAAACGACUGGGGAUUACGCUCGCUGAAUUUCUCGUACGCGUCCGUCAUAAGCUGUCGGUCAAGGACUGGACAACAUUAUUACGUCGUUUGUAUAAAAUGAUGUUACAAACCGAGGAAACGAAUUUAACAACGGAACUCCAAGCUGCUCACAUUGCUUCAAUGAUGCAGGAGCAACCUUGGCCUGAUCUUUCACUAUUACGCAGUCGCAUUGGCUAUUUCCACUCUGCAUCGCCACAUGUCGCGUCCGGACAAAGUAUUUCGCAAUUGACCUUGGAAAGUCAUAGUCCAUUGAAAGUUUUCUUAGACGCACCUCAGACACAUUUACUACAUUGGUUAGAGAUGCAGCAUUUCCUGAGAUAUUUGAAAUCCAAUGAACAACUCCAAAUUAACCUAAUGCGUUGUAGUCCUACAAUAUAUUAUGAGACCUUGAUUGCGCGCAUUUCGGAAAAAAUGUCAACAGCAGUAUCUAGUCGGCUACGCGAACUUAAAAAGGAUUUGGAGCUUAAAAAAGAAAAAACUGUUGGAUUGACAAGGUUGGAACACCUCUGCUGGGCGCAAAUAAAUACUGCACUUUUUCAUGAUGAUUUGCAAAUGAAUAAGGAAAUGUUGGCUGUGGAAAUUAAAACCAAUGAAGAUUAUUUGGAGGACUUACUCCAAAGCAAAGAAUUCACCACAGUGACUAUAGCAAAUGAAGUUAAAUUGAUAAACCAGGCAGCCACAGCAUUACAGAGUUUUCGCGAAUUUUAUGAGAAGGCAGACAGUGAACCGAUUACUAGUGAUGAGGUGUUCAUCGACUGGGAUGCACUCGUUGAUGAUUUAACUUCUCUUGCACUUUUUAUGCAAUUGGCAGGUUACACGAAUUUAGCUACAGAAGCCUGGAUUCUACACUAUCGCAUCACAAACACCAUAUGCGACGAGUACGGUUCCCUACGUAGUCUUCAAUAUUUUUUCGAAAAAAAUGAGUACUUCCUCAACUCGACGACUCAUGGCAUUAAUUUGGUUGAAGAAAUAGAGCGCAAACAGAAUUUCCUACUCAAUGCCAUGCAACAGCUGCCUAAGAUCGUCAAGAAAUAUCAAAAUCACCUUCUCAUGUGUCUCUGUCAUUUAGCUUGUUAUUAUGCAAAAAUUGGUCAUAUGAGCUAUGCACAAAUCUUGCUGAAAUACGUCUCACAAAUACACGACGAAUUGCCCACCCAACUCGGUAAAUAUAAUGUGGUCCUAGGCACCGUCGAUGUGGUUAAAUUUCGUAUUUUGUGGAAGCAUUUGCACAUGGGGCAAAGUAAGAUUUCAAGCAAACUGGCGCAACGUUCUUUGGUGCGUCACAUGGAGAACACUUUGGAGCGCUUUCGUGGAGACUUUUUCAAACUCUCGACUAGUGAGCUAUUGAACUAUUCGAUAUUGUUAAUGAGUCUUAUAGAAGAGGUGGCGGAAUGUGCAGCCAAUCGAUUGUGUGAUCAAUUUGUGAAUUCAUUUUUCGCUGGCAUAUUAAAGCUUUUAUACCAAUCAGGUUCCGCUUUGCGCGUCAUACAAGUCUUAGCUAUGUGGGCUUUGAUUAAUUUACAAAUGGAAUAUAUACCAAAAGCGCAGGUUAAAUUGAAGCUAAUUGAAUAUAUGUUGGGUUUAAGAAGUCUUGAAGAAGUGAAAGAAAUGAGAGAGAAACCAGCUACAGCAAAGAAGUCAACAACGGCCAGUAGCGCCCUGGAAUUUGUGCAAUCGGGCAUGGAACCGCUGCGUAGAAUGAUAUCGUUAUACGCAUCACCCAUAAAAUCGAUAAAGUUGCUGCUUAGUCCUUCUGCACGUAGCGAGGGUAAAUUUGAUCACUUUCUCCAUAUGCAAUGCAACGAUACCCUGCAACAAUAUGAAAUUUUCCAGUGGUGUUGCUUCAUGCUUGGCUGUUUAACUGCAAGACUCCACUACCUUGCCGAUAAUCACGAGAAUCUGGAAGAUUUUUAUGAAGCUAGUCAACAGUGGUUGGACGAGCGCCCGCAAACAGACCUACACAUCAGUUUCCAAAAUAUACAGCUCAUGCGCUUGCAGCAUUACGCAAACUUCCUUCGCUCACAAAAAAAAUACGAGAAAGCUUUGAACUGUCUUCAAGUGGCUUUGGACAGCUUCUCUAAAAUGAGGGGUAAUGUGGACAAUGUGUAUCACAUUAACUUUCUCUUACAGUUGAACGCUACUAAAAAGGAGAUGUCUGUUAGCAAACAAACCGAAAGCCGUGGUGGCUUGCGACGGGCUUUAACAUUCAAUAUUUCACCGGAUUUAGAAACACCAGUUUCGACAGCAUGGAAUAAGUUAACCACCACCGCUAUGAAAAUAUAUGCCUCCGACGAUUCUACACCACAACGCGCUGCUGAACCAGCGAAAAAAUCUGCUCAUGAGACAAAUGCACAAAUUUCAAAGGCUAGGAAAUUAAGAAGGCAAAUGGCAGGUGAAUUUCCCUUCAAAACUCCAGCGAAAGCAGACAUUGUAAAUGUAAAAUCAAGCACGAAAUCCUUAACGGCACGAAAAAUAAAAGAGCUUAGAGCAGCCAAAGGCGACCUUUUCAGCAGCUCAUCUAAUAACACGCCGGAAUCAGAUGUGGACAUUUUGAAUCAAUGCCAGCGCAUACAGUCCAUUGAUCUGGUCGACAGCGACGAUGCAAAUAGUAAACAAAGCGAAACGCCAAUCGUCACCGUCAACACUGACGCCAAUCAAAUCAAUAAAAGAAGCGUUCGUAAGACCGGUAAACACAAUGAGAACAUUAUGGAUAUUUGUCACAAAAUUGAAUCUAUUAAUUUGGUGGACGAACCAACAGUAAUCUCAAGCGAUAGUGGUACAUCUACACUGCAAGCAACAGCAACGAAAGCUCAUACACCAGAAAUCGUUGGCAUAACCGAUGACGCUGACAGCUUCAAAACCCCGGACUCCACUUUUGGCAAACUUACAGCGCCUCCAAAGACUACAAAUACUAGAGGUACCAGCAAAAAGGCCAAUUGUACCACACAAACGAAGUGCAAAAGCAAAGAAAGUAUUGCGAACAAUGAAUCGACAGAGACGAAUACCUCUACAGCUAGCAGCGAGACAACGACGAUAAAGCCAAAUGACCCACAAGUAGAGAUGAUCGAAAAAAUCAAGAUAACUGAGGAUAAAAAGGCCACAACAACUAAAAUGAAGACGCGUACAAAAACCGAGGUGCGCACCGUGAAAGUUAUCACUGUGGAAACGGAAGUGAAGAUUAUCACGCCUGCCUCGCAAGCCGCUAAAAAGGAGAAAGAGAAGUCAACUUCCGGCAGCACAACGCGUGGACGUCCUCGAACCGCACGGAAAGCGCCAUCUUCUACCAACGGUAAUGAAAACAUUGCACCGCCAGUGACCGUCGGCCGAACGUUAAGCAGACGUGCCAGACAAUAAUUUCUAGUUGAGAUAUUAAUUUUGACACUAGUUACACUUCUGUUACACUUUAUUUAUUCACUUUUUCCAUAAACCAUUCCUAGUUAUUCUAGUUCAAUCUUACAUUAUGUUUUAAGUAGUUUAGUAUCGUUUUAUUUUUAAUGUCAUACAUAUAGAUUAAUCUCAGUUUCUGAUAUCAAUAAAUAAUUAUAAAAUA